CAUCACCCUCCCCUCCAGCGCCUUCUUCUUCUCCUCCUCCUCUUCCUCUAACUCCUCCUCCUCCUCCACCUCCACCUCCACCUCCUCCUCCCCAACACUGAGGGGUAAGCAGAUGAGGGGGAGUGUGCUGGGAGGGGGAGGAGCGCCCCCCACCAACCGCCACCCACAUUCCUCCUCCCCCCGUAAUUGGUACUCGGAACAGGGAGGGGGUGAACGCUCCCUGGACCAUUCCUCCCUGUGCUCCUCCCUUAGUAACCUCGCUGGGAGGGCCGGGGGGGCGCUGGGGGGCGGCGUGCCACAGCGGGGUCGAAAAAUGGAAACUUUACCCUGGAAAACUAGCAAAUCGAAUCGAGAAGAGAGAGAGGAGAGAGAAGAGGAGGAGGAGGAGGAGACUACACUCACCUCCACUACCUCCUCCACGCCCUCCAGUGACUCUCUACGCUACAGCAACGCGCGGAUACAAACAGCAGCGCAAGUAUUAGUAGGUGUCGGCCGGGGGACUCUACCGCUACACCUUGCCAUGGGGGACAGCAUUCAGAGGCCUAGUAGGGUUCGCUCACGCCCUUCAGGGAACCACAUAUCCAUAAGACCUAAGCUGGCAAGACUGAGCGCACAGCCUAACAUGGAGGAAGAUCUCAGUGGAAGUGUUAAGAAUCUCUGCGGGUCUUUUAACCUCGCCGGAGACACCAUGGAGGGAAUCAUUCAGUGCCUGGUGUUCCUAAAGGCAUUCAGUCUGGUGGGCGGGGAGUUUGACAUGGAGCUCAACUUUGUUAUCCAGGACGCCCACAACCUCCGCCACAUGCUGGAGCUCCUCGACCACUGUCCGCCCCCCCUACAGGCUGAAAUCUGGUCAGUGUUCAUUGCAAUCCUCCGUAAGAGCGUUCGGAACCUACAAGCCUGCACUGAAGUUGGCCUUAUUACACACGUGCUGCAGAGGCUACCGCAGGCUGACAGUGUUGUAGCAGGUGUGUAUUGGAUGACAGACUUACUUAUCGAGGUCCUGGGAGUCCUUACGAGUUACUCCAUCACUGUGAAGGAACUCAAGUCUCUGUUUGGCUCCAUGAAGGCUGACAGAGGGCGCUGGCCGCGUCACUCCGCCAAGCUGCUGAGUGUGCUGCGUCAGAUGCCCAACCGAUCUGGCCCAGACGUGUUCUUCUCCUUCCCUGGCAAGAAAGGCUCGGCGUUGGUGUUGCCUCCAUUAGCUCGCUGGCCCUACGAGGCUGGCUGGACCUUCACCACGUGGUUCCGUCUUGACCCCAUUAAUUCUGUCAACAUCGAGAGAGAGAAACCCUACUUAUACUGUUUCAAGACGAGUAAGGGCGUGGGUUACUCAGCUCAUUUCGUGGGUAACUGUCUGGUGCUCACUUCCCUCAAGGUGAAGGGAAAAGGUUACCAACAUUGCAUUAAGUAUGAAUUCCAGCCCAGGAAGUGGUACAUGGUGGCGGUGGUCUUCAUCUAUAACCGCUGGAGUAAAAGUGAGAUCAAGGUGUUUGUCAAUGGCCAGCUCGCCUCUGCCACUGAUAUGACCUGGCUCGUCUCCACCAAUGAGACGUGGGACAAAUGCUACAUCGGCGCCACUCCGGAGUUGGACGAGGAGCGAGUAUUUUGUGGCCAGAUGAGCGCCGUUUACCUGUUCUCAGAGGCACUCACCGCUCACCAGGUCUGCGCCAUGCACCGCCUCGGCCCUGGCUACAAGAGUCAAUUCCGGUUUGACAAUGAGAGUUAUCUUCAGCUCCCGGACAACCAUAAGCGGCAGGUUUUGUAUGACGGCAAGUUGGCGGCAGCGAUAGUGUUCAUGUACAAUCCUGUGGCCACCGACUCACAGCUGUGCCUCCAGUCUGCCCCCAAAGGAAACCCCUCUUACUUCGUCCACAACCCACACGCCCUCAUGCUGCAGGACGUGAAGGCGGUGGUGACUCACAGCAUUCACAGCACCCUGAACAGCAUGGGUGGCAUCCAGGUGCUGUUUCCACUCUUCCAGCAGCUUGACCUCCCCCACGACGCCCCCCCUGCCAUCACCGACUACUAUGCGGCCACCAAGACCCCCUCCCUCGGCUCAACACUGGUGGGGUUCAUUUGUGAGAUGGUGGAAGGAUGCAGCACAGUACAACAGCACAUGGUACAGAACAGAGGCUUCCUGGUCAUCUCCCACCUCCUCCACCGGGCGGCACGUCACCACAUCACCAUGGAAGUCCUCACUGCUUUCCUCAAGCUUACCAAGUUCCUCGUGACUUGUCCCAACUCAAAUUCGGAUCUUCUUCUCAAGCAGCUGCUGGACCACAUUCUCUUCAACCCGUCGCUGUGGAUCUAUUCUCCAGUCACAGUCCAGAUGCGUCUCUACACCUACUUGGCCACGGAAUUCCUCUCGGACGCUCAAAUUUACGGUUCAGUGCGCCGUGUAUCCACCGUUCUACAGACCAUGCACACCCUUAAGUACUAUUACUGGGUGGUGAAUCCUAGAGACAAGAGUGGCAUUAAUCCUAAGGGCCUCGAUGGUCCGCGCCCCACAGAGAAGGACGUGGUGAGCCUGCGGGCCUACAUGCUCCUCUUCCUCAAGCAACUCAUUAUGAUCGGCAACGGAGUGAAGGAAGACGAACUGCAAGCCAUCCUCAACUAUCUCUCCACCAUGCAUGAGGACGAGAACCUCCACGACGUGCUGCAGAUGCUGAUGUCCCUGAUGUCAGAGCACCCAUCCUCCAUGGUGCCGGCCUUCGACGCAAAGCACGGUGUCCGCACUGUCUUCAAACUCCUAGCCUCGGAAAGUCAGCUCAUCCGACUCCAGGCUCUCAAACUCCUCGGAUACUUCCUCUCACGCUCCACGCACAAGAGGAAGUAUGAUGUAAUGAACCCUCACAACCUGUACACACUGCUGGCCGAGAGACUGCUGGUGCACGAGGAAUCACUCACCCUCUCUACCUACAACUGUCUCUAUGAGAUCCUGACAGAACACAUAAGCCAGCAGGUGAUGUACUGCAAACAUCCUGAACCAGAAUCACACUACAGACUGGAGAACCCUAUGAUCCUGAAGGUCUGUGCCACCCUGAUCCGUCAAAGUAAGCCCUCGGAAAGCCUAAUGGAGGUGAAGAAGCUGUUCCUCUCAGACAUGACCCUUCUCUGCAACAAUAACAGGGAUAACAGGAGAACAGUGCUGCAGAUGUCUGUGUGGCAGGAAUGGCUCAUCGCACUGGCCUACAUACACCCGCGCUCUACCGAGGAACAGAAGAUUAGCGAUAUGGUGUAUUCCCUCUUCCGCAUGCUACUCCACCACGCCAUCAAGUAUGAAUAUGGUGGAUGGCGGGUGUGGGUGGAUACGCUGGCUAUUGUCCACUCCAAGGUAUCAUACGAGGAGUUUAAGCUGCAGUUUGCCCAGAUGUAUGAACAGUAUGAGCGUCACCGAUCGGACAACAUCACGGACCCAGCCAUCAGACAACAGCGUCCCAUUUCCACCAUCUCAGGCUGGGACAGUCGCCAGUACUAUGUCAACACUGAGAUGUACCGGAACGGAGCAGAGAUUGAGAUGGAAAAGCCAGCAGCAAUCGGAAAUGGCAAGAUGGCCGCCAGCGAAGACUCAGAGAUAAUUGAACCUAUUCCGAAAGUUCCAAUGGAGGGAGGGAGGAAAGUGGAGAGGGUGGAGGCGAACCGAGAUGGAGGAAACGGAGGAGGAAGUGGAGGAAACCCGGCCCAGACAAACAAACCGCAACAGAAAACGGAAGUGGAGACGAAAUCGGUGCCCGCUUGCGAUACCUCAAAGAAAACGGAGAUUGAAGGGAAGUCGUCCUUAUCAUCCACCUCCUCCGCCUCCUCCUCCACCACCUCCGCUGUGAAAAAGGUGGAGGAGGAGUCCGGGGAGAUGAAGAAUGUGGAAGUGGAGGUGCUGGAUAACAAAGCUCUGGAGGAGGAGAAAGGGAGAGAAAAAGUGGAGGAAAAGAGAGAGAAGGAGGAGGGAGUGAAGAUUGAGGAUUUAGCGGAAGAGGUGGAGGAGAAGGAGGAGACGGAGAGUAAAGGAGAGGAGAAGAAGGAAGGAGAGAAGGAGAAAGAGGAGGAGGAGGAGGAGGAGAAGAAGGAUGAGGGUAAGAAGGAAAUGCCAAAGGAGGAGGAAGUCAUAGCAACCAUCUCCGGGAGUCUCCACUUGAAAGAACAGGAGGGAAAAGUGGAGACAGGUGGAGGAGGUGGAGAGGGAGAUAGUGGAGGAGGUAGAGGGGAGGAGAACACAACUACCUCCACUAACGAGCUUCCCGCCGAACCAGCAGGUGGAGAAACAGCCCUCCACCUCUUCCACUUCCUCCACCUCCUCCACCCAACCCCCACCACCCAGGGGAAAGAAACCAGCCCCCCUCCAUCCCCCAAGGACACACAGGGGGAGGAGGAGAGCCCCAGGGAACAGCCAAGUACCUCAGGGGAAACUAGCAAUGGAACCAAGGAACCAGGAAUCACAAACGGAGGAGGUCGGAGAAGUGGAGAAGGUGGAGAAGGUGGAGGAGGAGACCAGAGUACAAAAGGAGGUAGUGGAGGAGGAGGUGGUGAUGGUGGAAGGAGUGGAGGUGGAACUGGAGGAGGAGGAAGGCGGAGAACAGGAGUGGAGGGAAGUUUGACUAAGGACCAGGUGGAUCUCGGCCUCAGAAGACGUGGAAUUUCUUUAUCCACGUUGGAGAGAGAGAAAGAUCGGCAGAGCGACAACAGUGAGAGGAAAUCCGCAUCCGUCUCUCGCAGCUCAUCCAUCGGCUCGUCCCAGUCACACUCCCGGCAGAUCUUCUCAUCCGGACCCACCCGCCCUCCGUUUAGAAUCCCUGAGUUCCGCUGGUCUUACAUCCACCAGCGUUUGUUAUCCGAUGUCCUAUUUUCCCUGGAGACGGAUAUGCAAGUGUGGAGAAGUCACUCCACCAAAAGCGUCCUGGAUUUCGUGAACAAUAGUGAAAACGCAAUCUUUGUGGUGAAUACAGUCCACCUCAUCUCACAGCUGGCCGACAACCUCAUCAUUGCCUGUGGGGGGCUUCUACCCCUCCUCGCCUCUGCCACCUCCCCUAAUAACGAGCUGGAUGUGCUGGAGCCUACACAGGGGAUGGGGGUGGAGGUGGCAGUGUCGUUCCUCCACCGCCUCGUGAACAUGGCGGAUGUCCUCGUCUUUGCCUCGUCCCUCAAUUUCUCAGAGCUUGAAGCGGAGAAAAAUAUGUCGAGUGGGGGAAUUCUGAGACAGUGCUUGCGUUUGGUGUGCACAGUGGCAGUCCGCAAUUGUCUGGAGUGCCGAGAGAGGACGAGACUACAGGAGGUAAACGGAUCAGGUGGAGCAGGUGGAAUGAAGUCUAUGAACAAGUCAAGGCAUAUCCACUCGCUCAUCCGCGGAGCUCAGGCGUCCCCCAAGAACAUAGUGGAGAACCUUGGAACACAGAACAGCCCAGUGAGGGAUCCUGAGAAACUCCUACAGGAUAUGGACGUCAACAGGCUCCGGGCGGUGAUCUACAGGGAUGUGGAGGAGACCAAACAAGCGCAGUUUCUCUCCCUGGCCAUCGUUUACUUCAUCUCCGUUUUAAUGGUGUCAAAAUAUAGGGACAUUCUGGAGCCCCCUUCAAAUGCCCCGGCCUCCCCACCCCCUCCACAGCACCCCCCACACACCAACGGGGCCUUCACACAACACCACUUCUCAGGCUCCGAGAGAACAGGGGAAGUGGAUGAGGAUGGAGAAUAUGAAGUAAUAGUAGUGGAUCAACAUAAUUCAUCCAUCUUGGCAUCCGACCACUGCUCCAACGCCUCAUCCGGACCCCCAUCCAUCAAGUCGAACCACACACUAGGGUCCGUUCCUAAGUAUGGGUGUAACACUUACGCGGCCAAGGUCAACAAACCCCUAGCCAGAUCCGCCCUCAUUAAUCACAAGGUAAUUAAUCCGCAUGCAUCCACACACACCCCUAUCCGCUUCCACCCGUCCGCUUCACUCCACGUCUUGCCUUGCCUGCUGUUCAGAUCCUCCGCUGUUUGUUUUUUCUUGUUUUGUUUUGAUUUUUGUUGUGUGUGUGUGUGUGUGUGUUUGUUUUCAUUAAUCAUCCGUCUGUCCGUCUGUCAAUCCCUACCACCACCACCACCACCACCACAGCCUGUGCCACCACCACCACCACCACCAUCGCAGGACCCUCAGACGCUUGGGGGCCAAAUAUCAGUCCUGCCUUCUCCGUCCAACCUCUCUGAUUCAGCCUCCGUCAAGCCCCAUAGACCCGAGGACCUGAAUAUCAAGCCCUUCCUGCACUCGGACCUCCCCAUCCCGACUCCUUCCCGCGAGGCCUCCCUGACGCAGAAAUUAGAGAUGGCUUUAGGGUCUGUGUCGCCGCUACUGAGGGAGAUAAUGGUGGAUUUUGCUCCCUUCCUCUCCAAAACGCUCGUUGGGUCUCACGGCCAAGAGCUGUUGAUGGAAGGGCUGAUGACAUUUAAGCACAGUCAGAGUGUGGUGGAGCUGGUGAUGCUGUUGUGCUCGCAGGAGUGGCAGAAUUCACUACAGAAACACGCCGGUUUGGCCUUCAUUGAACUUAUUAACGAGGGAAGACUGCUCUCCCACGCGAUGAAGGACCACAUAGUAAGAGUGGCCAAUGAGGCAGAGUUUAUCCUGAACCGGAUGAGGGCGGAUGAUGUCUUGAAGCAUGCGGAAUUUGAGUCCCUGUGUGCGACGACGGUUCUGGAGAGGCGGGAGGAGGAGAAAAUGUGCGACCAUCUCAUUACAGCAGCUCGGCGGAGGGACAAUGUGGUCGCAGCGAGGAUACUGGACAAGAUCACCAAUAUUCUCUCCAAUAAACAUGGGGCUUGGGGGAACCUGGCACGCUCCCUGGCCAACAAGACGAUGCCGUCACAGUUCUGGAAGUUGGACUCAUGGGAGGACGACUCAAGGAGAAGGAAGAGAUUCGUCCCCAAUCCUCUCGGCUCCUCCCAUCCUGAGGCCACUCUCAAGGCUGCCAUAGAACACGGGGCACCAGAGGACGCCAUUCUCCAGGCGCGAGAGGAGUUCCACGCACAGCUGGCAGCACAGAGGCGGUCACUGCAGCAGCCUCUCCAGUCACCCGACCUUCUGGAUGACUCAGAGCUGGCCACGGAUGACAGGGACCUUGAUGCUGAUGUCACUGGCCUAGUGAACCUGAGCACGAGGGCCCGGCUGGUGGCUCCGGGGCUCACCGUCCCCGGCACAGUGUCCGUCACUGCCUCGGAGCUGUACUUUGAGGUGGACGAGGAGGACCCGGAAUUCAGGAAAGCCGAGCCUGAGGUGGUGAAGUACUGUGAACAUGUACACGGCAAAUGGCACUUCAGUGAGGUGCGGGCCAUCUUCAGCCGCCGCUACCUCCUGCAGAACACCGCCCUUGAGAUCUUCCUUGCCUCCAGAACGUCCGUUUUCUUCACAUUCCCGGACCAGGCGACGGUGAAGCGUGUGGCGAAGGCGUUACCGCGGGUAGGCGUGGGAAUUAAGUAUGGCAUCCCACAGACCCGCCGCGCCUCCCUCAUGUCACCGCGCCAGCUCUUCCGCGCCUCCAACAUGACACAGAAAUGGCAGAGAAGAGAGAUUUCCAACUUCGAAUAUCUAAUGUUUCUAAAUACCAUCGCAGGGCGGACGUACAAUGACCUGAACCAGUACCCAGUGUUCCCCUGGGUCCUCACCAACUUUGACUCCCCUGAGCUGGACCUCUCCCAGCCCUCCAACUACAGAGACCUGUCCAAGCCCAUCGGAUCGCUCAACCCAUCUCGCCGCGCAUUCUUUGAGGAGCGGUACUCUUCUUGGGACCACGACCAGAUUCCACCCUUCCACUACGGCACUCACUACUCCACCUCCGCCUUCACUCUCAACUGGCUCAUCCGCUUGGAGCCCUUCACCACAAUGUUCCUGUCACUACAAGGCGGAAAAUUUGACCACCCGAAUCGUCUCUUCUCGUCCGUGGCCACCGCCUGGAAGAACUGCCAGAGAGAUACUUCCGAUGUCAAGGAGUUGAUCCCAGAGUUCUAUUACCUGCCGGAGAUGUUCGUCAACUGGAACCGCUACAAGCUUGGCGCCACGGAGGAGGAGGGCGUGGUGGAUGACGUGGUGCUCCCCCCUUGGGCCACUUCCCCUGAGGAGUUUGUGCGCAUCAACAGAAUGGCCUUGGAAUCAGAGUUCGUGUCAUGCCAGCUUCACCAGUGGAUUGACCUAAUAUUUGGCUACAAGCAGAGGGGACCAGAGGCAGUCAGGGCUACCAAUGUCUUCUACUACCUUACAUAUGAAGGCUCUGUGGAUCUGGACACACUGCAGGACCUUGUUAUGAGAGAGGCAAUUGAAAACCAGAUCAAGAAUUUUGGCCAAACUCCGUCACAGCUUCUGAUGGAGCCCCACCCCCCCAGGUCAUCCGCCAUGCACCUGUCACCAUUGAUGUUCUCCGGGGUGUGUGAGGAUGUGUGUAUGGUGAUGAAGUUUGUCAGCAACUCACCAAUCUGCCACAUCUCUGCCAACACCUACCCUCAGCUGCCUCUCCCUUCCAUUGUCACCAUCACCAACAGUCACCAUUUUGCCGUCAACAGGUGGAACACAAACUAUUCUGUUAAUGUGCAAAGUCCCAGUUACGCAGAGGGCACCCAGUCACCCUCCACUCUGCUGCCACUCUCCAUGGACCCUGUGCUGCAGCAAGCAGCCUCCAACACCUCCAGCAGUAACAGCAGCAGCAGCCAACUGAAGCGACACCUGGGCGACAAUUUUAGCCAGAAAGUCCGUAUGAGGAGCAACUGUUUUGUGACGACGGUUGACUCUCGGUUCAUCAUUGCCUGUGGGUUCUGGGACAACAGUUUCCGAGUCUUUAACACAGAGACAGCCAAGAUUGUGCAGAUAGUGUUUGGCCAUUAUGGGGUGGUGACCUCCCUCAGUCGCAGCGAAUGUAACAUCACCAGCGACUGUUACGUUGCAUCCGGCUCUCAUGACUGUACUGUUCUCCUCUGGCACUGGAACGCAAGGACUCAGAUGAUCAUGGGGGAGGGGGACGUGCCCACCCCCCGCGCCACAUUGACUGGACAUGAAACUGAAGUGACGGCUGUUGUCAUCUCAGCAGAACUUGGCUUGGUGGUGUCUGGAUCCAAAGACGGCCCCGUGCUGAUCCACACAACCUCAGGGGACUUGCUGCGUUCCCUGGAGGCCCCCGGUGGGUUCCUGUCCCCUGAGAAUGUGGCACUGUCCAGGGAAGGUCUAGUGGUGAUCAACUAUGACAGAGGACACGUUGCUGCUUACACCAUGAACGGGAAGCGUCUCAGGCAUGAGUCACACAACGAUAACAUCCAGUGUGUGAUCCUGAGCCGAGACGGAGAGUACAUGAUGACGGGUGGAGAAAAAGGAAUAGUGGAAGUUUGGCGGACAUUUUCCUUGGCACUCCUGUACGCCUUCCCCACUUGUGACUCCGCCAUUCGCUCCCUCGCCCUCUCCCACGACCAGCGGUUCCUGAUGGCUGGGCUCUCCACUGGGUCCAUCGUCGUUUUCCACAUUGACUUCAAUAGAUGGCACCAUGAAUUCCAGCAGAGGUAUUGAGUGUAACCUGACCUCGCCUGACCUCGCCUGACCUCACCUGCCAUCGCCUCUCACUCUCCUCUCACUUCUCUCACUUCAAUUACUUAACGAGAUAAAAAAAAAGGUGAUUUGAGAGUGCUGGUUUUGUCAUGUCUACUACUACUACUACUACUACUACUACUACUACUACUACUGCUGCUACUGUUGUUGUGAGAGGAGGGAAAAGUGGAAAAAUAUUGUGUGAAAAGAUUUUGAGUAUUUUUUUAAUGUGAUGGAGUGAGAUAUUACUUC